AUGUACUUUGCGUACUUCGGCAAUGACUCCCCAUGGUACCGAGACCGCAUACCUUUCUUCGAAUCAAGUGAUAAGGAAAUCACUGAUGUAUACUACUACCGCUGGAAGAUAUUCAGGGCUCAUCAGCGCGACCUGGGAGCGAACGGCUACAUCUCUACCGAAUUUCUGGAUGACGUCGGGUGGCAGACUACACCAUGGGCAUCAUUGAACGAUGCAACGGGCUUCCAUAUCCUCGAAGGGCGCUGGUGUCGCGAUCGACGCUUCAAGGAAGACUACGCCACCUUCAUACUUGGGCCGCAAAGUAAUAGAAGACAAUUUUCUGAGAGUAUGGCUGCAGCUGUCUACCAGGGCUACUUGGUAGACGGUGUAGCUGAAGAUGCGCUUGCCAGGCUUUCCAAUAUGCAGACAGUGUACAAUGCCUGGGACGACUCGUUCGAUACUUCGAAAGGAUUGUACUACGUGGAGCCGAUUCGGGAUGCGACAGAGUACACGAUCUCUAGCAUUGAUGCAUCGGGCGGUUACGAUGGAUUCUUCGGCGGAGACUCAUUCCGACCGAGUAUCAAUAGCUAUCAAUUUGACAAUGCCCGAGCUAUUGCGAAACUCGCUGCGCUGAAGGGUGGCAUGAAUGCUACAGUUGAACUGUACAACGCAAGAGCUACAGCAAUCAAGACUCGCGUGCAAGAGGCGCUGUGGAACACCACAUUCGAGCACUUUAUCGAUCGGUUCCAGGUGAACAACACAAACGUAACAUACUGGGACCCCAUUCGCGGUCGAGAGUUGGUGGGCAUGGUACCUUGGACGCACAGUCUACCAGACGAUACCCUAGAGUAUGCCGAAGCAUGGCGACAUGUUCUCGAUCCUAGUCAGCUAGCCGGAGAACAUGGUUUGCGCACAGUUGAGCCAAGCUACGAGUACUACAUGCGCCAAUACCGCUACGUCGAAGAGAAUGGUCGCCAGCCUGAGACCACACAAAUCAUUUCUGGUCUGGCAAAUUUCCUCAAUGACUACCCCAUUGGUUCAGCGGCUGGUAUCAUAAGAGCAGCCGACCACACAAAGCUACUGAAGCAGUAUGCGCUUCUCCACUACAACCCCGAGCGUGAAGGAAUUCUCGAUCUUGAAGAAGACUACUACCCUGACACUGGCUACCCUAUCGUCGGCCUCAAACGCUCACCUCACUAUUUCCAUUCUGGCUUCAUCGAUCUGGUUCUCUCUGGUUUCGUCGGUAUUCGACCUUCCAUCGACAAUGUUUUGGAAGUCAAUCCACUCAUCGAUAACUCCACUGUUACUUAUUUCCGUGCCGAGCGUAUCAUCUACCACGGCCACGAGAUCGCCAUUCAAUACGACGUUGACGGCUCACACUACAACGCCAAAGGCCUUCAAAUCGAGGUUGAUGGCGAGAUUGUAGCUUCCUCGCCAGCACUGACCAAGCUAAGCGUGCCGUUGACGAGACUGUCACCGAAGGCGGUUGAAAGACGAAUCGCAAAGUCAAUUCAAUUGAAUAGCACAACCGCAUACCCACGUGCCAGCGUCUCGAUCUCGGGUUUCAAUUCCACGAAGUUGUACCCCGCAAUUGAUGGCCGUAUAUGGUUCUUCCCCGAAACUGAUGUGGCGAACGGAUGGAGUACACCAGUGUCCAACGGGACGGAAAUGUGGCUCGAAGUCGAUUUCGGAAACAGUACAUCGACUAGUGGCGCAGACAUAGCAUUCUUCGCGAAUGAAGAGCAGGGAUUUGACGUCCCUGAAAGCUACAAAGUGCAGAUUGGUGGUGAGGACGUAAACGGUGGGAAGUACGGAGAUAGCGUGGCAAACGGGAUCACUGAGGUCGAUUGGGACGAGAAAGUGAGCGAAAAGGUGAGGUUGGUGUUUGCGCCGAAGCUCGGGAAGAAGGUUAGAGUGGUGGAGUUCAAGGUAUAUUAG